GCCCGCGAGGGGGGUUUGUCCGGCGCGGGGCGGCGCAGGCGCGGGCGGCCAUGGCGGAGGGCGCGCGCACAAAGAGGAAGCGCGAGGAAGAGGAGGAGGAGGAGGAGGAGGCCGCGGAGCCCCGCGAUGGCGCCGCCGCCGCGUUGCCGUUCCCGCUGGCGGGGCUGCGCGUGCGGCGGGUGCUGCGCGAGUCGGCGCGGGACAAGGCGCUUUUCCUGCACGGGCAGGUGACCGGCCCCUCUGGAGAAGAGACGGAUGCUGUGGUGAUCCUGGAAAAGACGCCGUUCCGGGAGGAGAAGAUACCCGACCUGCUGAAAAAGCACACGAAACUGGAGCUGCAGAUGUCCAACGACAUCUACAGCACCUACCACCUCUAUCCCCCGCCAGAGCUGAGUGAGAUAAAAACCACAGUGGUGUAUCCCGCCACAGAGAAGCACCUGCAGAAGUAUCUCCGUCAGGAAGUGCACCUCAUCCGAGAAACCUGGGAGGACUACGAGAGCGUGACGCUGCCCUUCCUCCGCUCGCAGAGCUUCAGCAUCCAGUGGGUCUAUAAUAUCCUGGAGAAGAAAGCCGAGGCCGAUCGAAUAAUCCACGAAAACCCAGAUCCUCGCGACGGCUUUGUUCUAGUUCCGGACUUUAAGUGGAAUCAAAACCAGCUGGACGACCUCUACCUGAUAGCCCUCGCUCACCGCCGGGGGAUACAGUCGCUCCGGGACCUCACCGCUGAGCACCUGCCUCUGCUGAGGAACAUCCUGCAAGAAGGCAAGGAAGCCAUAGCCAAGCGCUUCGGCGUGGCCGGAUCGCAGCUGCGCAUCUACCUGCACUACCAGCCCUCCUACUACCACCUGCACGUGCACUUCACCGCCCUGGGCUACGAGGCGCCGGGCAGCUCGGCGGAGCGGGCCCAUCUCCUCGCGGACGUCAUCGACAACCUGGCCCUCGACGCCGGCUACUACCGGAAACGGGCCCUGACCUUCGCCCUGCGGGCGGACGAGCCCCUGUUUAAGAAAUUCCAGGAAGCGGGAAGAGUCUGAGCUGGCGGAGCUCAGCGCGCGGCUACUUUUGUACCUUUUUGUUUUAAUAAACGUGGAUGUGUUUUUUAAAAGGUUCUCGGUGCUUUUUUAACUCAGGUUUUGUACGAAUUGGGACCGACGGUCCAUUGCUAUGGAAACUGCUUCUGCUGAAGUCAAUUAAAAUGUUGCUUGAGUAA